UGGGCGGGCGGGCCAUGGGAAGCCGCGCGAGCGUGAGCAAGGAGCGCCUCGGGGGUUCGCCGGCACUGCGAGCAGGAGACAACGCUGCCACCAUGAGCCAUCAUCAGCCACUGGAGAAGCUGUCUCGGACAGACAUCUGUGGGAUGCUUCGGGAAGAGCUGUGCAAAGGGAAUGACUUCCAAGAGUCAGACACCCACAUCUUCAUCAUCUUGGGGGCUUCGGGUGAUCUAGCUAAGAAGAAGAUCUAUCCAACCGUCUGGUGGCUGUACCGCGAUGGGCUGCUUCCGGAUGACACUUACGUGGUGGGUUACGCUCGGUCCCAGCUCACUGUUGCCGACAUCCGCAAACAGAGCCAGCCAUACCUCAAGGCCACCCCUGAAGAAGAACAGAAAUUAAACGACUUCUUUGCCCGCAACUCCUAUGUCUCAGGAAAGUAUGACGACCGGGCCUCUUUCCAAGGCCUGAAUGCUCACCUGAAUAGCCUUCACAAUGGCCAGAAGGCAAACCGCCUCUUCUACCUGGCCCUACCACCAAGUGUCUAUGCAGACGUCACUGGCAACAUCCGGGAGAGCUGCAUGAGCACUGUGGGCUGGAAUCGUGUCAUUGUGGAGAAGCCUUUUGGCAAGGACUUGGAAAGCUCUGACAAGUUGUCGAAUCACAUCUCCACACUUUUCAGUGAAGACCAGAUCUACCGCAUUGACCACUACCUGGGCAAGGAGAUGGUGCAAAACCUGAUGGUGCUCAGAUUUGGAAACCGGAUCUUCAGCCCCAUCUGGAACCGUGACAACAUUGCCUGUGUCAUUCUGACCUUCAAAGAGCCAUUUGGCACUGAGGGACGGGGUGGCUACUUUGAUGAGUUUGGUAUUAUCCGGGAUGUAAUGCAGAAUCAUUUGCUCCAGAUGCUUUGCCUGGUUGCCAUGGAGAAACCAACCUCUACCAACUCCAAUGAUGUGCGUGAUGAGAAGGUGAAGGUUUUAAAGUGUAUCUCAGAGGUGAAGCCUGAGAACGUGGUGCUUGGUCAAUAUGUGGGAGAUCCCUCUGGCAAAGGGGAGGCUCAGAAGGGCUACCUGGAUGACCCCACAGUCCCAGCUGGCUCCACCACCCCUACCUUUGCUGCCGCUGUGCUCUACGUGGACAACGAAAGGUGGGAUGGAGUACCAUUUGUCUUGCGCUGCGGCAAGGCACUGAAUGAGCGCAAGGCUGAGGUGCGGCUGCAAUUCCGGGAGGUGCCGGGCGACAUCUUCCAACGCCAGUGCAAGCGCAAUGAAUUGGUGAUUCGUGUUCAGCCCAACGAGGCCGUCUAUACCAAGAUGAUGACCAAGAAGCCAGGCAUGUUCUUCAGCCCAGAAGAAUCUGAGCUGGACCUCACCUAUGGCAACCGCUACAAGGAUGUGAAGCUCCCAGAUGCUUAUGAGCGCCUCAUCUUGGAUGUUUUCUGUGGGAGUCAGAUGCAUUUUGUGCGCAGUGAUGAGCUGCGUGAGGCCUGGCGAAUUUUCACUCCGCUGCUCCAUAAGACCGAGGCAGAGAAAACCAAACCAAUUCCCUAUUGCUACGGCAGCCGUGGCCCUGCAGAGGCAGAUGAGCUGAUGAAGAAGGUGGGGUUCCAGUACGAAGGCACCUACCGCUGGGUCAAUCCUCACAAGCUGUGACCACCAACUGGGUAGCUUGUAUGAAGGGGUGACAGCUGCUCUUCACUGCAGAAGCCAAGCUGGGCAAAGGGAUCUCUGCCCCAACUCCUGCCUGCACCUGAAAAACAGUGGUUUUUGUCCUAGGACCACCUGCUGGCCCUGGGCACCAGUGCACUCCUCCAGCACCCACUGCGCUUGGGUGUGGGCCUAGUCAUCUUCUCUACUGUGGGCCCUGCCUCUUUAGUUUCGCUCCUUCUUGGACUGCUGGCUGCAGCUGGGCCAGAUGCCCCAUUUCAGCUUCCUUUCUGUGGGGGGAAGUCUCUUGGGGGCCUUCUUAAACCCUUGCCCUCUUUUCCAUCUACACAAGCUGCUCUUUCAAUUGCACUAGCUCUGCUUUGCUGCAUUACUUGUUACAUUCCUGUUCGGUGUGCAUCUCAGUUUUAUAUAUGAUGCUGGUAUGUAAAUGGAAGUUGUUACAAGGA